AUGGUUCCAUCACUCUGCAUCAAUGGCUGUGGUUUCUAUGGUUCUUCUUCAAACAACAACUUAUGUUCUAAGUGUUACAAUGAUUAUCUCAAAGAAAGCACUGAGAAAUCAAAUGAUGAAAGCUUUGAAUCGAUAUUUUCUUCUUCUUCAACGGCCCCUAAUACCGAUAGUAUUUGUGAGGCUAUGGCAGCCACUUCUCUUACCGACAAUCAAAACAUUAAGGCAAAGAAAAAUAGGUGCAAGAGUUGCAGUAAAAAAGUGGGACUAUUAGGCUUUAAAUGUCGCUGUGGAAACGUGUUUUGUAAAAUACACAGAUAUCCAGAAGAACAUGAAUGUAAGGUGGAUUUAAAGGAGAUUGAGCGUAAAAUAUUAAAUAAACAGAAUCCUUUAUGUGUAAGUGAUAAGUUAAAACACCGAAUUUAG